AUGAGUUGUAAUCCGUCAACAUCAGCAGAAAAAAAGCCAUCGGAUACAUCGGAAAUAAAAUCAAACGAAAUGACAGUCGAAGAAUAUACUGAUUUAGUAUCCAAAUGGCAUCAAGCUUACUAUACAUGGAAUAUGAGCUGUGUUACGUAUUCGAAUAUGAUGAUGAUGAAUGCAUCUCAGCAAUUUUUUCGGCAGAUACCUGUUAUUUCAAGUUCUAAUUUUCUUGAAAUGAUCAACGAAGUCAAUCGGUCACAAACUUUUGAUCCUUUAGCUGAAAUACGAAAUGCUCGUCUGAAAAUAGCAUCAGUCUGGCGUCGUUUUCUUGCUGAAAUAGUCGAUUUCUUUCUUUUACAUGUGUUCAAAAUUUUAAUCGUUUUUUUCCUCGCUAAUUAUUUCGAUAUAAUCGACGAAAGCCGUCUUACGUUAACAUACAUGAUCUCAAAUAUACUCUACGAUGAAACAUUCUCGUUUCCAUUAGAACUUUUAUGUAUCGAAUUGGGAUAUUUGAUAACAAGCAUCGCUUUUGAAAGUUUCUGUCUGACACGUUAUGGUGCUACGCCAGGUAAACGUCUUCUUCGUUUACGUGUUCUCAAAUGUGAUCAUCCACAAAUGCAAGAAAAUGGUGAUUUAACCAUCGAACCAGUGACAACACUUACUAGCGGAGCGGCUUUCACUCGUUCUACAUUUAAAUGUCUCAUGGCUACUUUUCUUUUUCCAGCUCUCAUAGUUGCUCUAUUUACAUCGCAAUAUCGACAAACAAAUUAUGAUAUGGCUGCUAACGCUGUCGUUGUCGUAAUUGAACCACGAGAAUAA